AUGUCCGAACUCGAUGCUCCAACCCCCCAGAAUGACGGUAGCCCCAGCUACCCCCCGCCCGCGGCGGACAGCCAGAAUGGCCCCGUUGCCAACGAAAAGGGCCUCCGAUUCUGGCUGAUCUUCCUCGCCAUCGGCAUCGCCACCUUCGUGGCAGCCCUGGACACCUCGAUCAUCUCGACCGCCCUGCCGACCAUCACGGCUGACCUGAGCUCUGGAGACCUGUACGUGUGGGUGAUCAACACGUAUCUACUCUCUUCGACGGUGUCGUCGGCCAUCGUGGGCCAGAUGUCCAACAUCUUCGGACGCCGCGCCAUGACGACCCUGGCGCUGCUCAUCUUCGCGGCGGGGAGCGCGGUGUCCGGCGCGGCCCAGAGCACGGGGAUGCUGCUGGCGGGCCGCACGAUCCAGGGCCUAGGCGGCGGCGCCAUCACCACCCUGUCCGAGGUGCUGGUAUGCGACAUGGUGUCGCUGCGCGAGCGAGGCGUCUAUGCGGGCAUCCUAGGGGCGGCGUGGGCGAUGGCGGCGGUGGUGGGCCCGCUGAUGGGCGGCGGGUUCACGCAGAAUGUCUCCUGGCGGUGGAUCUUCUACAUCAACCUGCCCAUCACGGGUGCGGCGCUGGCCCUCAUCGUCACGCUGCUGCGGGUGCGCAAUCCCCGACAGGACACCAGUCUCUGGCACCGCCUGCGCACCAUCGACUGGGGCGGCAUGACGCUGCUCACGUUGGGCGUCACCUCCAUCCUGCUCGCCCUCACCUGGGCGGGCACCAUGCACCCAUGGUCCUCGUGGCGGACCAUCGUCCCCAUUGUCCUCGGCUUCCUGGGACUGCUCGCCUUCAUCGCGUAUGAAGCCUCCCCACUGGUCCCCGAACCCACCAUGCCUCCCCGACUCUUCACCAACCGCACGACAGCCACCCUCUUCCUCAUGAGCUUCAUCUACAGCAUGCUCCUCUUCUGGAUCUGCUACUUCCUCCCCGUCUACUUCCAAGCCGUGCUGGGCGCCACCCCCUCCCGCUCCGCCGUAAUGCUCUUCCCCAUCGCGACGACCACCGCGCCGGCCGGCAUCGUGGCAGGAGCGAUGAUGACCAAAACCGGCAAAUACCGCCUCUGGCACUUCGGCGGGUUCGCCCUCAUGACCGUCGCCUGCGGACUCUUCACGCUCUUCGACCAGUCGACCCCCACUGGCGCGUGGACGGGCUACCAGAUCCUCUUCGGCAUCGGCACGGGGGUGGUCUUCACCACCGGCCUGCCGCCCAUCCUGGCCACCCUCGCGGAGGGCGAUGUCGCCACCGGCACGGCGACCUGGAUCUUCAUGCGCAAUUUCGGCGCUAUCUGGGGCACGGCGAUCCCCGCCGCGGUGUUCAACACCCGGGCGGAUCGCAUUGCGGGGACGAUUGCGGAUGAGGAGGUCAGGGCGCUGUUUGUUGAUGGCGGGGCGUAUCAGCGGGCCACGAAGGUGUUUGUCGAUGGGUUCAAGGGCGACAAGGCGUUGUAUGCGGUUAUUGAGACGCUGUAUGUGCGGAGUUUGAGGGAGGUGUGGCAGGUUUCGAUUGCGUUUAGUGCGGUGGGGUUUUUGUUGUGUUUUUUGGUGAAGGAGUAUAGGUUGAGGGAUGAUUUGAAUACGGAGUAUGGGAUGCAGAUGGGGGAGACUGUUGGGCUGCGAGAGGAGGGGUCGAUGGAGGGCGAGGGCGAGAAUAUCGAGAUGGGCGAGAAGACGGCUUAG